AAACCCAAGAACUCAAUCAAAAACUCCAAUCCGAUAACCAAGGUCUCUUAAAAGAUAUCCAUACUUAUAAGCAGAAUAUCCAAGCCCUCCAAAACCAACUCCAAGAUUCCCAACAAAGAAUUCUCGCUCUCGAAGCCGAUAAAUCAGACUUAAUUAGCCAACUUACCCAAGCCACACAAAUCCAGCAAAACUAUCUCAAUCAAGAAAAAUCUCUAAUUAACCAAGAAAUAGCCUUAAUUAAGGAGAAAUAUCUCGUCAAUUGCCUGAUCGGUUCAGCUCACUUGACCGGAGAAGGAACUUUAACGGAGUAUUUUGACGAGAUUGUUGAAGAAGCCAUCAAUAAAGGAGAAAUAGCUCUCAUCGAACCUACCGCGGGAAAUAAAUACUUAGCUAUUCCCAAAAAACUCACUCAAAGUCUGCUUAAAGAAAAGGUCCCCGGAGAAAACCAAAAUGAACCCAUUGAACCGGUCAUUGAGUAUGAAUUCACCUUGCUAGAAAAUAGCAACCUUAAAUAUAACUCAAAAGACCUCACUAAAUGA